AUUUAAGAGUCAGAGGGAGUUCGCUGAGAGAAGUGGGAGGAAACUAGAGUGCACAACGCCGGUGAGCAAACCGGAAAGUGUCUCAAACUCCAGAGAUUUUCGGAUAAUUUUGUCGCAUCCGUGUCAUUCUCCGUAAAAACAGGUGAUUUGGGGAAAGCAGGUCUUCUCAAUAAAAGGCGCCUGAGAGAAAACAGCCAAAAUGUCAGACGCAGAGAAGUUCCUCUAUGCCGACCGCAAUACUAUCAAUGACCCUUUGGCCCAGGCGGACUGGGCCUCUAAGAAGCUGGUGUGGGUUCCCUCAGAGAAGCUUGGCUUUGAGGCUGGCUCCGUCAAAGAGGAGACUGGAGAUGAGUGUCUUGUGGAGCUGGUCGACUCUGGCAAGAAGAUCAGGGUGAACAAAGAUGACAUCCAGAAGAUGAACCCACCCAAGUUCAGCAAGGUGGAGGAUAUGGCGGAGCUCACCUGCCUGAAUGAAGCCUCUGUUCUGCACAACCUGAGGGAGAGGUACUACUCGGGGCUCAUCUAUACAUACUCUGGGCUCUUCUGUGUGGUAAUAAACCCAUAUAAGCAUCUGCCUAUCUACACGGAAGAGAUCGUCGAGAUGUACAAGGGCAAAAAGAGGCAUGAGAUGCCCCCUCAUAUCUAUGCCAUCACAGACACGGCCUACAGGAGCAUGAUGCAGGAUCGUGAGGAUCAGUCCAUAUUGUGCACGGGUGAAUCUGGUGCUGGAAAAACAGAAAACACCAAAAAAGUCAUUCAGUACCUUGCAUUUGUAGCGUCCUCCUUCAAAACAAAGAAAGAUCAAAGCAGUGUCAACCUGUCACAUGGGGAGUUGGAGAAACAGUUGCUCCAGGCUAACCCAAUUCUGGAGGCCUUUGGCAAUGCCAAGACUGUGAAAAACGACAAUUCUUCUCGAUUUGGAAAGUUUAUCAGGAUAAACUUUGAUGUCAACGGUUACAUCGUUGGAGCCAAUAUUGAGACCUAUCUGUUGGAGAAGUCUCGUGCAAUCAGACAGGCCAAAGAUGAACGGACCUUCCAUGUUUUUUAUUACUUGUUGUCGGGAGCAGGAGACAAAUUGCGUGCUGAGCUGUGCCUAGAGGACUACAAUAAGUACCGAUUCCUGUCAAAUGGGAAUGUUACAAUCCCUGGACAACAGGAUAAAGAAUUGUUUGCUGAAACCAUAGAUUCCUUCAGGAUUAUGGGCAUCCCUGAGGAGGAGCAGACAGGUCUUUUGAAGGUAGUAUCUGCUGUACUGCAGUUGGGAAACAUGAGUUUUAAAAAGGAACGCAACUCUGACCAAGCCUCCAUGCCCGAUGACACAGCUGCCCAGAAGGUGAGUCACCUCUUGGGCAUGAAUGUGACCGAUUUCACACGUGCUAUUCUCACGCCAUGCAUCAAAGUGGGUCGUGAUUACGUUCAGAAGGCUCAGACUCAAGAGCAGGCUGAGUUUGCAGUGGAGGCUUUGGCCAAAGCCACUUAUGAGAGACUAUUUCGCUGGUUGGUUAUGCGCAUCAACAAAGCUUUAGACAAGACCAAGCGCCAGGGAGCUUCUUUCAUCGGAAUACUGGAUAUCGCUGGAUUUGAGAUCUUUGAGCUGAACUCAUUUGAGCAGCUCUGCAUCAACUACACCAACGAGAAGCUUCAGCAGCUGUUCAACCACACCAUGUUCAUCCUGGAGCAGGAGGAGUACCAGCGUGAAGGCAUAGAAUGGAGCUUCAUUGACUUCGGCCUUGACCUGCAGCCCUGCAUUGAACUCAUUGAGAAGACUGCUGGUCCUCCAGGAAUUCUGGCUCUGUUGGAUGAGGAGUGCUGGUUCCCGAAAGCCACAGACAAAUCCUUUGUGGAGAAAGUUGUUCAGGAAUUGAGCAGCAACUCAAAAUUCCAGAAACCCAAGAAGCUCAAAGAUGAUGCUGACUUCUGUAUCAUUCACUACGCUGGCAAAGUCGAUUACAAGGCAAAUGAAUGGCUAAUGAAAAACAUGGACCCUCUGAAUGACAAUGUGGCUACUCUACUCAACCAAUCAUCGGACAAGUUUGUGUCUGAGCUCUGGAAGGAUGUGGACAGAAUUGUGGGAUUGGACAAAGUGGCCGGAAUGGCUGAAUCCUUGCAUGGAGCCGUCAAGACUCGUAAAGGAAUGUUCCGGACCGUAGGACAACUGUACAAGGAGCAGCUGACAAAUCUGAUGACCACUCUCAGAAACACCAACCCUAACUUUGUCAGAUGCAUCAUCCCCAAUCAUGAGAAGAAGGCUGGUAAAUUGGCACACCAUCUGGUUCUAGAUCAACUAAGGUGUAAUGGAGUUCUAGAAGGAAUUCGGAUCUGUAGACAAGGGUUUCCAAACCGCAUUGUCUUCCAGGAGUUCAGACAAAGAUAUGAGAUCCUCACUCCAAAUGCCAUCCCCAAGGGCUUUAUGGAUGGAAAGCAGGCCUGUGUCCGCAUGAUCAAAGCCCUGGAGCUGGAUUCUAACUUGUACCGUAUAGGUCAGAGUAAAGUGUUCUUCAGGGCUGGAGUUCUUGCCCACCUGGAAGAGGAGAGAGAUCUGAAGAUCACUGAUGUCAUUAUCACUUUCCAAGCCUGGUGUAGAGGCUAUGUUGCUAGGAGGGAUCUGAAGAAGAUUGAGGAGGAAAUUAUGGUUCUUGAUGACCAAAACACCAAACUUAACAAGGAGAAAAAGCAGCUGGAGGAGAGAAUGUCUGAGUUCACCACUAACCUGGCUGAAGAGGAAGAGAAAUCCAAGAGUUUGCAGAAACUCAAGAACAAACAUGAAGCCAUGAUUACCGACCUGGAGGAUCGUUUAAGGAAGGAAGAGAAGCAGAGGCAAGAGUUGGAGAAGAGUAGACGGAAGUUGGAGGGUGACUCUACAGAGCUGCAUGAUCAGAUUGCAGAGCUGCAGGCUCAGAUCGCAGAGCUCCGUGCUCAACUGGCCAAGAAAGAGGAAGAGCUCCAGGCUGCACUAGCAAGGAUUGAGGAGGAAGCUGCACUUAAGAAUGCUGCCCAGAAGAACAUUCGUGAGUUGGAGGCCCAGAUCUCAGAGCUGCAGGAAGAUCUGGAGCUGGAGAAAGCUGCUCGUGCUAAAGCUGAGAAACACCGCAGGGACCUGGGAGAAGAACUGGAGGCUCUAAAGACAGAACUUGAGGACACACUGGACUCUACUGCAGCUCAGCAGGAACUCAGGGCAAAGAGAGAGACUGACGUGGCUCAGCUGAAGAAGACUCUGGAAGAUGAGGCUCGUUCACAUGAACAGAUGCUAGUUGAAGUGCGACAGAAACACAACCAGGCCUUUGAGGAGCUCAAUGAACAGCUUGAGCAGGCCAAAAGGAGUAAAGCAUCUGUGGACAAAGCUAAACAGGCUCUGGAGAGUGAACGCAAUGAACUUCAGAUCGAACUUCAGUCAUUGUCACAAGGCAAAAAUGAAUCCGAGCACCGCAGAAAGAAAGCAGAAUCGCAGCUUCAGGAGCUACAGGUCAAACAUGGAGAGAGUGAGCGACAGAAACAGGAACUGGCGGAUAAAGUGUCAAAAAUGCAGGUGGAGCUCGAAUCUAUACAGGGCACCCUGAGCAAGGUGGAGAGCAAAUCCAUCAAAGCUGCAAAAGAUUGUUCUACUGUUGAAUCUCAACUUAAAGACACACAGGCGUUAUUGGAGGAGGAGACCAGGCAGAAGCUUGAGCUCUCCACUCGUAUUCGGCAACUGGAGGAUGAGCAGAACAACCUGAAAGAGAUGCUGGAGGAGGAAGAGGAGAGCAAGAAAAAUGUUGAAAAGCAGCUGCACACGGCUCAAGCUCAGUUCGCAGACAUGAAGAAAAAGGUUGAGCAAGAGGCCCAGAGCCUGGAAAGCAUGGAGGACGGGAAAAAGAAAUUGCAGAGGGAGGUGGAAAGCAUCAUGCAGCAGUUGGAGGAGAGGAAUGCUGGCUACGAUAAACUGGAGAAGACCAAGACACGUCUGCAGCGGGAGCUAGAUGAUGUCCUGGUAGACCAGUCUCACCUGCGGCAAACCGUUCAGGAGCUGGAACGUAAACAGAAGAAGUUUGACCAGAUCCUGGCAGAGGAGAAGAACAUCUCUCAGAAGUAUGCAGAGGAGAGGGAUCGUGCUGAGGCAGAGGCCCGUGAGAAAGAGACCAGAGCCCUGACUCUGACUCGAGAGUUGGAGGCCAUUACUGACUUGAAGGACGAACUGGAGAGGGUCAACAAGCAGCUCAAAACUGAGAUGGAGGACCUGAUGUCAUCCAAAGAUGAUGCUGGCAAGAGUGUGCAUGAACUUGAGCGGGCCAAGCGAGGAAUGGAACAGCAGUUAGUGGAAAUGAAGACGCAGCUGGAAGAGCUGGAGGAUGAACUGCAGCUCACAGAAGAUGCCAAACUGCGCCUGGAGGUCAACAUGCAGGCCAUUAAGGCCCAGUUUGAGAGAGACCUGCAGAGCAGAGAUGAGCAGGGUGAGGAGAAACGGAAGCAGCUAGUCAAACAGGUGCGUGAGAUUGAGAUGGAGCUUGAGGAUGAGAGGAAACAACGGGCUCAGGCCGUAUCUGUGCGCAAGAAGCUUGAGCUGGAUCUGUCGGAGUUGGCUGCUCAGAUCGACAAUGCCAACAAGGCUCGAGAUGAGGCCCUCAGACAGCUCAAGAAACUACAGGCCCAGAUGAAAGAUCAGAUGAGAGAGUUUGAGGAUCUACGCCUAUCCAGAGACGAGGCUCUUAACCAGGCCAAAGAAAACGAGCGCAAGAUCAAGAGCAUGGAGGCUGAGAUCAUGCAGCUGCAUGAGGAUCUGGCUGCUGCUGAUCGAGCAAAGAGACAAAUUCAACAAGAACGAGAUGAGCUGCAGGAUGAGAUCAAUAGCCAGAAUGCCAAGAACUCGCUGAGCAGCGACGAGAAGAGGAGACUGGAGGCACGUAUUGCUCAGCUUGAGGAGGAACUUGAGGAAGAACAUCUCAAUGUGGAACUGGUCAAUGAUCGACUGAAGAAAGCUACACUGCAGGCUGAGCAGGUUACAGUGGAGGUGACUGCAGAGCGGGGUAACAGUCAGCGUCUAGAGGGUUUGCGCGCUCAGCUGGACCGCCAGAACAAGGACCUAAAGCAGAAGCUUCAGGAUUUGGAGGCAACUGUGAAGAGCAAGUACAAGUCCACCAUCACUGCCUUGGAAGCCAAGAUCCCACAGCUCGAAGAGCAGUUGGAUGUUGAGAUGAAGGAGAGGCAGCAGUCCACAAAACAGGUGCGGCGUAUGGAGAAGAAGCUCAAAGAGAUCUUACUGCAGGUUGAUGAUGAGAGACGCAAUGCUGAGCAAUACAAAAAUGAGACUGAGAAGCUGAACACUCGUAUGAAGCAGUUGAAGAGACAGCUAGAAGAGACUGAGGAGGAAGCGGCUCGAGCUAACUCCUCCCGCAGGAAGCUGCAGAGAGAGCUGGAAGAUGCCACAGAAUCUGCUAGUCUUAUGAACCGAGAGGUCAGCACCCUAAAGAACAAACUCCGGCGUGGAGAUUUCACUGUAAAUGUACGUCGUACAGCUGGACGCUCGGGUGUGGAUAGUGAUGAGGAGAACGAUCUGAAGAGUGAGGGGUCAGAGCCAACUCCGGAGUAAAUUUCAGCAUAUCAAAGCUGAGCCUAUGGGUGUUACAGAUGAGGAUCUAUUAUUUGCCACCAAGUUUGUCUGGUUUAAAUGAAAUUUGUAUGCUUUGAGGGCAACUGUAUCCUUAAUGGGGUUUUCGCUGCAAUUUUCAGUGUUUUAAAGCAGAUUUUGAGCCAAACAAUUAUUCGAGUCACGAGCAUAACUUUGCGUCAAAGAUAAAAAAAAA